AGCCUGCAGGGAGUAGGGUGGGGAGGGGGAGGCCUCAAUGCCUGGGCAGUUCCGCCAACCCCUGCUGGGGGCCUGAUCCAGCUAGGGCUCCCUCUGGCUGCCCCUCAGACAGCUUCCCCUCUCGCCUCCGCCCUGGGUGCCAGAGAAUCGGGUGCCAAAGACCCAGGUCCUUUAGCGGUCUGGGGGAUGGGAGUGGAGGUCAGAGCCAAGGUCAAGGGCAGGGGGAGAACUUUCAUGGUGCUUCCUGCUGCCCCAGGAGCCCCUGGGCAGCCUGGCCAGGCAUCUCCCCCUGGGAACAUCCUGGGCCCAGCAAGUGGGGUGCAGUGGACUCCCCUUACCAGGAACUCAGGCCACUUGGAUGGGGAAGGGGUGAGCCCAGGUCGGCACAAGGCCUCUGGCCCUGGGGGGCCGUUCUGAGGCUCUACCUGCUCCCUGGCAGUGAGCCCCCGGGAUGGUGGUGGAGGGAGCCGGGAGUGCCAUCAGCAUCCUUGGGCCCUGCUGUCCUGGGGCUGCCGGGUUUCAGGGACCAGGGGAGAGGGAAGGGAGAACUUGAUCAGGAAGGAGCUGCCGGGAUGGGGGUGUGCCAGGCAAAGGUCUGUGUUACUGAGGUCGAGCGCCCAGGGGUGGAGGGGGUUCUGCCUUCUCCCCGUCCUGCUCUGAGAGGGUGGAGGGGUGGAGAGCUGAGUGCACAGGUGGUCCUGCCCUCCCCCACCCCUUCUCUUGGGGCACUUUCGAAAAUGGCCCCAGGCCUGAGAGGGAGGCCGGCGGGGGGUACACAGGCCCUCCCAGGGAGAAGGGGGCCGCUCAGGGCGGGGCUGUGCCCUCCCCAGGGGUGGGAGGAGGGGUGCUUCUCGCCUGGACGCUGAUGGAGGCAGCUUUCGGGUGGAGGGGAAAUGAAGGGGGUACAAACUGAAAGUGAAACAGCUCAUGUCCAGGAAAUACUCCCUCUGUCAAGGGUUCAUAGAGCAGAUCGGGGCUGCGGCCAGGGCUGGAUGAAGAGGAAAAUUGGGGCUGGGACCGGCUAACCUAUCCUCCACUGGGACCUGAAAAAUGGCGUCCGGGCAAGGCCCAGGUCCCCCCAGGCAGGAGUGUGGAGAGCCUGCCCCAUCCCCCACUUCGGAGGAGCAGGUAGCCCGGGACACGGAGGAGGUUUUCCGCAGCUACGUUUAUUACCGCCAUCAGCAGGAGCAGGAGGCGGAGGGCGCGGUUGUGCCUGCUGACCCAGAGAUGGCCACCUUGCCCCUAGAACCUAACAGCACCACGGGGCAGGUGGGGCGGCAGCUCGCCAUCAUCGGGGACGACAUCAACCGGCGCUACGACUCGGAGUUCCAGACCAUGCUGAAGCACCUGCAGCCAACGGCAGAGAACGCCUAUGAGUUGUUCACCAGGAUCGCCUCGAGCCUGUUUGAGAGCGGCAUCAACUGGGGCCGAGUGGUGGCUCUCCUGGGCUUCGGCUACCGCCUGGCCCUGCACGUCUACCAGCGUGGCCUCACCGGCUUCCUGGGCCAGCUGACCCACUUCGUGGCCGACUUCAUGCUGCGUAACUGCAUUGCCCGGUGGAUCGCGCAGAGGGGCGGCUGGGUGGCAGCUCUGGACCUGGGAAAUGGCCCCAUCUGGAACGUGGUGAUAGUUCUGGCUGUGGUUCUGCUGGGCCAGUAUGUGGUACGAAGAUUCUUCAAGUCAUGACUCCCGGAGGGGCCCUUUGGGGUCCCAGCAGAGACCCUUUCCUGGACUUCAGCCAAGCCUUCUCCCUUCACCCCCUCCCCUGCAGGGGUCCCCCCCUCAACUGUACAGAAGCUUUAGCAAGUGGGCACUCCACCUUUGGAGGGUCCCUGCCCAGGGGUCAAUCAGGCUGUAGGGGUGCCCUGAUGUUGCGUGGUGCUAAUGGGCCCCAUCCUGUCAGACAGGGGCUGUAGUCUCCUCCCUCAGCUCUCUGGGACCCCCUCAGCCCUCUCUGCUGGGCACUGGGGAGACUGAUAACUUGGGGAAGCAAGAGGCUGGGAGCCACUUCUCCCAAAGAAGUUGUUAAUCGUUUUAGCUUUUAUAAUCCCCUUGGGAGGACCCUCCCCCCCAUCCCUACUACUCUGCCCAAGCCAGGAUGUCUGGGGUGUGGGGGUUAGCAGGCUUCCCCUGUGUUCCCUAGGACUCAGCUGUUCUGGCAGUUCAGAGUUGAGAGCUGGGCCUGGAGCCCAGUUCUGGCCCUUCCUAAGCAUCAUGUCCCCCAGGAACAGGACUGUCUAGGGGUGGGGGACGAGGUCCUGCUCAGCUCCCCCUGCUCCCACUCCCCCCACCCCAUAUUGCCUUUGCAGGUGGACUCUCAGGGAUUCUGGGCCUGGGGGGUGGAGGGGGCUGCAGACCGGAGCUGUCUGAAUUCAUCUGGCACCCUCCAGCCUGCCUCCUGAGGGCCUCAGUUCUCUCCCUUCCCCUCACCUGUUACCCCUUGCUUCCAACCUGUUCACUACAAGUGAAGCCUGCCCCACCCCCAACACUCUAGAUAAGGAAGCAGGGGCCUUGAGUGAGGGGAGUGCUGAGGCCCCCUCCUUGCCCAGGCUAUAGAGUUUAGGACUGUGGUUAUUGUCAGGGAAGAGGGGUACGAAGCUUAUCUUGAGGUUUCUGAGUGAGAGAAGGGCUAGUAACACCACUAGGAACCUCAGGGUUGGGAUCCUCCCUCAUGGCCUGGGCACAGUGUAAUCUGGGGGUGUGGGUGGGGAACUGUGAAUACUUGAACUCUACCCCCCAACCCCCCACCCUCUACACUCCUCACCUGCCCUAAGCCCCGCCUAUGGGGCGGGGGUGGGAGUGCCUUGUCUAUCUUGCACAGUCUAGGGGAAGGGGAGAGAAGAUUAAGCCAAAUGUGGGGAGGGGAUGCAGAUGGAGCCCACUGGCCACCCCCUACCCUCUGAGUGUGUCUGAAAAUAAACUGCAAUCCCCCCACAACCACUUGGUAAUUUUUGUGUCCUU